CGGAGGCCGCCCCGCCCCGGCUCCUCCUCUUCCCCUCGCCGCCGUCCCGCCCUCGCCCGCAAACCCAAACACUCCGGGUACUGGUGCGCGUGAUCUGCCUGUGGUCGUUUGGCCGAGAGAUGCUGCUGCUGGCGGCCGCCGGCCUCGUGGCCUUCGUGCUGCUCCUCUACAUGGUGUCGCCGCUCAUCAGCCCCAAGCCCCUCGCGCUGCCCGGUGCGCACGUAGUGGUCACAGGAGGUUCCAGUGGCAUCGGAAAGUGCAUUGCUAUCGAGUGCUUCAAACAAGGAGCGUUUAUAACUCUGGUUGCACGAAAUGAGGACAAGCUGCUGCAGGCGAAGAAAGAAAUUGAAAAACACUCUAUUAAUGAUAAACAGGUGGUUCUUUGUAUCUCAGUCGAUGUGUCUCAAGACUAUAACCAAGUGGAGAAUGUCAUAAAACAGGCACAAGAGAAGCUGGGUCCUGUGGACAUGUUGGUUAACUGUGCAGGAACAUCUCUGUCAGGAAAGUUUGAAGAGCUUGAAGUUAGUAGUUUUGAGAAACUGAUGAGCAUCAACUACCUGGGCAGCGUGUACCCCAGCAGAGCAGUGAUCACCACCAUGAAGGAGCGGCGGGUGGGCAGAAUCGUAUUCGUGUCCUCUCAGGCGGGACAGCUGGGGCUGUUCGGUUUCACAGCCUAUUCUUCGUCCAAGUUUGCCAUAAGAGGAUUGGCAGAAGCUCUGCAGAUGGAGGUGAAGCCUUACAAUGUGUAUGUCACUGUGGCCUACCCACCAGACACUGACACCCCGGGGCUGGCGGAAGAAAACAAAACAAAGCCCCUGGAAACCCGGCUCAUUUCAGAGACAACAGCUGUUUGCAAACCAGAGCAGGUGGCCAAACAAAUUGUCAAAGAUGCCGUGCAGGGAAAUUUUAAUAGUUCCAUUGGCUCAGAUGGGUAUAUGCUCUCUUCCCUGACCUGUGGAAUGGCCCCUGUGACUUCCAUCACUGAAGGACUCCAGCAGGUGGUCACCAUGGGCCUUUUCCGAACCAUUGCUUUAUUUUACCUUGGAAGUUUUGAUAACAUAGUUCGCCGCUGCAUGGUGCAGAAGGCAGAAUCCGAAACUGUAGACAAAACUGCCUAAUUCUUGCCCCUCGGACAAGAGACUGUAUCCAGUGAUUUGACAGCUUGCUGCUAAUGGAACUCGAUCUUUGGCCUCCGGACUCUUGUGUCUUGUUUUUGAAUGUGUGAGACUAGACCCAGUGCUCUUCAGACAUCUGACUGCAGGCAAAGGGACAGAGGUCGUCUCUACAAUAUUACUGCUAACACUAUGCAAAUAUGGACCAGGGCACCACUUGGUUUCUGGGCUUUGAGGCGAAGUGGUGGUCGCGUGGGCAGUAGUGUCAGGAGAACAGGGUAAAGGACAGAACCCCAGAACGGGAAAUCCGGUUUUUCAUUGAUCCUCCCCUCCUGCCCAUAGAGAUUAAGAAAUGUACUUGGUGGCACACAAGAACUUUUGAGGGUUUCUUUUGAUUUUUGGUUUUAUUUUUUCAUGAAAAAUGGUGUCUGGGUUUUUAUUGUUUUUUUUUUUGGUUGGUUUUUGAUUUUUAAUUUUUUCAGUGUAUGUUAUUCAAGGUGUGUCUUCCUCAAAGCAGUGAGCCUGACUGUCAGCUCCUCUGUGCCUGUUGGGAACUCCUGCUCGUGAAGCUGGCUUCUCUCUCUCUUUGAUCCCUAUGAUACGGGGGAUGAGAGAGCGGUGAGAGGAAGACAAGAGGCUGAGCCCUUCGCAUAGGCAGACGGGGCUUUCUUGUCUUCUUAAGACUAAUACGUAGAACGUUUUACUUUUUAUUCGUGGGGAAACACAGCCUUCUUACAUGUUUUCUGAAUAGAAAUAAAAUCUCCUAGAAGCUUGAAAGUUUACAGUUUCUUCAAUAGCCGUUGAUGACAUGCAGUUCACAGUUCCAUCCAGCGAGUCUCUGUGUUCUUCCUAUCUCUUUCUAAUUGCUUAUUCUUCUGUAGUAUUUUUAUAAAAAAGGGGAGGGGAACGAUGGAAACCAAUGCAUAUUUUUUUUUACUUUUUAAAUUAAUUUAUGAAUUCAUUUAAAAAAUUAAAAGCAUGACAUUCUUAUAUUUCUGGUUGUGAGCCUAACCUUUAAUGGCUGAGCCAUCUCUCCAAAGCAUGAUGUUCUUACCCUGUCAGCAGACAUGUAGCUUUUAGGGAAGGCAGUUGGUUGCAUAUUUUCAGUCAAGCUUCUCGUAAAAGCUGGCUGAUUUUGAAGACCCUCUUAAAAGUAAGAUGUGCAGCUGCUCUGUCUUGCACUGACUCGACAGUAUCCCCAGUGUGUAAGGAGACCUUUGCUCCUCUAAGUGCAGCCUGUGCGCACGCGUGUGCUGUGGGCUGCAGGGCCGCCGCGCUGGUGAGUCCAGCCUGUGUCCCUGCUCACUCUGGUCACUGCGUAGCUCCAGGACUGUUGUCUUUGCCUUCAUGUCUUGUCCCGUUCUCCUGUGUAUAAAGUUGUGCAUUCCAGUUCAUUCCACUGGGAAAAUACCUCUACUUUCAAAGAAAAAAAGAACUUUUUAAGUGUUAAAAAAUGAGACAAACAACAACAAAAAUCUAUUGAAAACCUAGAAAUUAUUGCCAUGGCAAACAUUUGGUUUUUGCUUUUCUCUUUUUUCCUUCUCUCUCUCUUUUCUUAAACUGGCUUUUGUUUUUGGCCUGGUCUCCUGCCGCAGCCUCCGAGUGCCGGCAGUACAGCCCUGCACCACUAUAGCCAAUAGGCCGCACAUUUUAUUUUCUCUUUGAAUUUUUCAAGCUCUUUACUUUAUGGUGGCUUAUUUUUUAAAUGUCAUUACAGAGGUGGCUUUGUUAUGUGCGUUGCUUACCGUGACUUUGUUCUGUGUGUAGCAGUAGGUGGACCUUGUCAGAAUGGUUCCAAGGCUCCUCCAAGUCUGAUCUAGCCAAAGUUUGCGACUUAUGUCCCGUUGGACAGCUGCUGGAGUGGACAGUGGCAACAGGUUCCUCAUUCACAGGAACUGCGUGCCUGUCUGCACAGCUUCCAAUUUUAUUUUCUUAUAUAUGUUCCCAGACGGUUGGCACUUCCUACUAGUAUCUGUUAAAAUGUAGUCCAAGGUGGAGUCUGAGAAAGGACAAUUAACUUUAUCAUUAUACCAUUUCCAGACAGUCUUCGGGUAGAGGCUGGCUCUGUGGAUAAUGCCUGAAAUACAGGGAAGAGCCUUGUUUCAUGGGAGGAGAUGCCCCUAUCCUCGCUUAAACUCAGAUCUGCAGCCCAUGACUCCACGGCAUGAGCCUUAGUGUCCACUGUUAGAGGCCCCAACACCCUCACUCAGAAAGCCUCAGAAAAAUCUUCUAAAGUUGAUACCGUAAUUCAUUUGUCAUCAAGACUUGAACUUGUUUUGAGAAUAUUGUAGUUGUUAACUUGACCAGACUCCACGCAGAUAUCCUGUGCAUCAGUAUGUGUCCCUGGUACCUUUGAGAAGUCUGGCCGAGCAUGAACUUUGACACACAGGCGUCCCACAAGACUGUGAUUUUAUCCCAGGCGUGGAAACACUAAUGGCUUGGUGGGGGACAGCUCGGUUGUUAGGGAGAUUAUCAACUUUCUCUUCUUCCUGACAGUUGACCGCAGGGCAUUCUUUACCAGCGUUAAGGCGGAGUCCCACCACUGAGUUCCUAAGCCCAGCUCUAGGCUUACAGUUCUGCUGUAGUGUUUCCUCUGAGUGACCGGGAGCUUGUGGACUUUCAGUUCUGAAUGCCUGCUCUGCUAGCUUGGGUUGUAUUAUUUUGUUAGAAUAUAUCCUAUCUUUAUUUGAAAAUUAACAUCACUCUCCUAUGAAAACUCCAACAUAAAUUUAGGGACCAUUUAUAAUUGAGAAUGAAUAGGAAAUAUUCUUCAUUUACUUGUUUUUUAAAAAGAGUCCCAGACUAGGAAGUGACUCAGUGGGAGAACCCUUGCCUGGCCCGUGUGAAGGCCUGGGACUCACUCCUCAGGUCACUCCAAAAACAUCUUUUUCUUAAGGUUAUUCUCUCCUAUGGCUUUACAAUUUAACAAUUUACACAGUUGAUUAUUUAGAAUGUUGCGGUCUCAUUUAAUUAAUACUUAUAUAUAAUUUAGUGGUAUAUAUUUAUCUGGACCUGUUAAAUCAUAUAUUGAUUCCUGAAAGCAGGAUUUGUAGUUGACUUUCUGACAGCAGGUGAGAACAUUUCAGUCACAGCUGCUUUAAUGCAGACAGCUAUACGCAUUUGUCUCAGUGAAUUACAUCACCAUAUUUAAGUUUAUUAUAUUGUGUUCUGAUUGAAACAUGUCUCACUGCAGGCCAGAGUUAAUAUUCACUCUUUUUGCUUGAGGAUGCAUUGUGUCUUUCUCAUUUUCCUUAGUCCUUGGGACCCCAGCUUUCAAAGCCCCGCUGACCACCACCCUCAGGUUCUGGACUGGGCCUCGCUGCUCUGACCGUGGUCAUUAUAUUUUAUACUUGUUUGUGGUGAGAACUCGACAUUUUUACAUCGACAAAGAACACAUGGCUAUUUUGAUAUUUAGAAAGGGCUGAAUUUAGGAGCUUUUGUGGCAUUACUGUAACAGUUUUUAUACUUUGUAUUUCUGAACUACACACACAAAAUAAAUGGGAACAAGCUUUA